AAAUAAUGUCUACUAAAAAAAAAUUAAAUAAAAAAAUUAUUGAUUAAUGGAGGAAAAAAACCUAGGGAGAAACCAGGCUCAGCCGGGAGGGCCAGAUCUCCUCUGACGUGUCAUAGCUGCACUCAGUGACCCCGACCAAAAACAUCCACAAGGAAGAGGGAGAGCCCACCAUCCACGACCCAGGAAGUCCCACUUGCUGAAACCGUGCAGGUCCAACCCUGUCCCACUCCGAGAUCGACACCAGAAAACAGAGGAACAACCAGGGAAAAAUAGUAAUGACAUAAUGUACCUUUAUUCCUCCGUUGUCCGACAUCGGCCAUAAAACAAGACCAGACCAGACCCGCACAGCCUCAACAAAAGAAAUCCCCAAAACCACAACCUCCAAUCAGGGCUAAUGCAGUUAUAAUUUCAAACUGCUGUCAUGUGAUGUAAGUUUAGCAUUAAAUACCAAGUGUAGUAACUUUAGCAUUAAUGUGACAAGUAGUUCGUCUUUGCCCUUGGUUGGGGAUGGAAUUUCGUGAGCUGGGAUGGUUAGAUGGUCCCCUUUCUCGAGGGGGGUAAUGGAAUUGCCCUUAGAUCGAGCUGGGAUGGUCAGUCAGUCCACAUCUCACAGGAGGAUGGCAUGGGACUUUCAGCUGUAGCUGGCGUAAUCUCUAGUUGGGGAUGGCCAUUUGACGUUCAUCUGGGCCUGGCGGAAUGUCUCCCUACCUUGGGAUGGGCAUCCCGAGGCCGAGGCAGAAAGAGAAUAAUUAGCGUAGCUGCUGUUCAUUUACUUUGCAUUCAUUAAAUCUUGGCUGAAAAGAUGUGUCUUUAAUCUAGAUUUAAAUGGGGAGAGUGAGACUGACCCUCGAAUAGUAUCGGGAAGGCUAUUCCAGAGUUUAGGUGCUAUAUAUGAGAAAGCUUGACCCCCUUUGGUGGAUUCAGUUAUUCUAGGUGUUAUCAAAAGUCUGGAGUUUUGAGAUCUUAGAGAGCGUGAUGGGUUGUAAUGUGAUAGAAGCUCUGUUAAGUAGGUAGGGGCUAAACCGUUUAAGGCUUUUUAAAUCAUUAAAACUGGGGUUAUGUGAUUGUAUUUUCUUGACCUGCUUAGAACUCUGGCAGCUGCAUUCUGAACUAACUGUAGUUUGUUUAUUGAUGAUACAGGACAACCACUAAGUAGAGCACUACAAUAGUCAAGUCUUGAGGUCACAAAUGCAUGAAUAAGAUUUUCUGCAUCAACAACACAUAAAAUAUUUGGUAAUUUAGCAACAUUUCUAAGGUGGAAGAAGGCUGUUUUUGUGAUAUUUGAGAUGUGAUUUUUAAAUGACAGGUUGCUGUCUAAUAUAACGCCUAGGUCUUUAACUUUAUUUGUUGCAGUAUCAAUGGAGCCUUCAAUUUGCAUGUUAUAAUCUGAGAUAUACUGUUUUUUGAUGCGAUAAGUAAUAUUUCUGUUUUGUUAGAGUUUAAAAGAAGGAAAUUACUAGUCUUCCAAUGUUUUAUAUUUUCGAUGUACUCUGCCAGUUUGGAUAGCUUGAACGAAUCAUCUGGACUUGAUGAUAUAUAUAGCUGAGUAUCAUCUGCAUAACAGUGGAAGCUAAUUCCAUGUUUUCUAAUAAUGUUGCCAAGGGGCAGCAUGUAUAUGGAGAAAAGCAAGGGUCCUAAAACAGAUCCCUGAGGUGAUCCAUUAUAUACUGCUGUUAGAUUUGAUGAUUCUCCAUUUAAAUGGACAUAUUGAUAUCUGUCUGACAAGAUCUGAACCAUUAUAGUACCUGUCCCUGAAUACUGGUAUAAUUGUGUAAACGAUCUAAAAGUAUUUUAAGGUUUACAGUAUUGAAUGCAGCAUUAAGGUCAAGCAGGACUAGGGGUAAGAUGUUACCUAACCAGAUGAAAUGAUUCAUAAUAAUUAUUUGUAUAGCACUUUUCGGGAAAUGUAACUAAAUUUCUUAACAUGCAUAAAAACAGCUUAAUAUAUGAAAUUCCAUAAAAAUAAUAACAGCCUAAAAUAAGAAGUAAAUAAAAAAUACUUCUAAUACUAAUACUAAAAUACAAAUUCUGUUUCUCUUUAACACAGUAACAUUUUGCACACAACUUUCUCAAAAAAGAAAAAUGAGUAUUGUAUUAUUUGACCUUUGCUAUGAAUGGCACUUGAUUUUUUUUAUUUAUUAUUAUAAACAUUUAUUUUGGAAAUAGUACAAGGGAUGCAUUUUGAUGUAAUGUAUGACAAUACAUUUGUAAACAUAAUACACAGAAAAGAAAAAAAACGUAAAUCAUAAAUUUUAUAAGUACAGGGGUAGAAAGGAAUUAAUUAAACAUAUAUCUGUUCACUUCUGAUCUAACAAUUGCAUCUAAUAUUUUGUGUUUUAACACCUUUUUUGUUUUUCAUCAAUUUAUAAAAGGUUUCGGCAAAACUCAGCAAAAAACAAUAAUAUUAGGAUUAGAACCUUUAGCUUCACAUUUAUAGAUGUAACUUUUUCUUCAAGAAAGCACAGGCUUCUGAUAUGAUUGUUCAAUAUAGGGAAGCCAGAGUUGGAAAAUAAACAAAGGACAAUUUCUUCUUUAUUUCAAUCGAAUUAUUAAACAAAUUAAAAAUCAAUAAUGAAACCUCAAUCCAAAAUAAUCUUGUUACUGUAUAUCUAAAAAAAACAAGUGAACCACUGAUUCAUCCUCAUCACCACAAAAAGAAAAAUCUGGUUGACUAUCCACAAACUUGGACAAAAAUAAUUUACGAGGAUAAAAGUUAUGGAGACUUUUUAUGUGAAGUUCUUUAACUUUGUUUGGAAUUACAAAUGUAUUAUGAACAGCCCAUAUGUUUUAGGAAAUAAUUGAAGGGUACAUUUGUUUCCAUAAAACCGUUGCUUUCCCUGCAAUACAAUUAGUACAAUGUUUUUCUGCUAUGCGAAUUAUUGCAUUUUUUAUCAAACAAGUCCACCCCACCUGUCAUUAAACGAGGAAUUUCUUCCAUUAACCUAGAAUAUUGUAGGGAUGACCUGAUAAGGUGUAAAAGUUUAGGAGAUAUUACUUUAAUAACCCUCAUAGCAUUGAGACACUUGAAAGUGACAAUCGGACUUUUAUCCUAGCAUGAGUUUACCCAUAAUCCCUCACUACCGGAAGUAAUCGCCAGCUGAUGGCAAGAGGAAGGAAUCGAAGGAUCCACCCAUUAAUAUCAGGAGAUCAUGGCUCGCUGCUGAUUUUUAAGAAUAUACAAUAAAAUUGAGGGCUUGGCGUAAGUACUGCCGUUAUUCUGGAUUUAUGAGUUUAUAAAAUGCGUGCAAUGCUGCUGCAAAAACGUAAUGCGCGUGCGAUUUUGUGUUGCAGAACUGUAGGGCUGCAGCUCAAUGUUUCUAUUGAUAGAAUAACAGUCAGCCGAUGCUAAACUAAACUCGUUAGUGAUCAUGUUUCACAGUAUCUUAAUGUUUACAUUAUUGUUGGGCUGUCAGUAGUGUGGGUUUGUCUGGCAUUUGAACUGCAUGUCUACCAAUAGACAUUUCCAUAGCAACGCAUUGGUUCGCGUAAGAAUGGGAUGUAUUGAUUAACAUUAAUAAAUACGAUCAGUUAUUCUAAUGCACGCUGCCUCUAAUCAUAUGAAGAAUUUGUUUCCAAAACGAGAUGACUUCUUUUAAAAAUAAAAAAAAAAUGUUAUUAUGUUAUCACGUUUUUAUUGUUAUUUAGCUGUAUUUUUGAGUUAUUAUUUCUUCAAAUCAAAACUAACUGCAGUUUGAUUGAUAUUAAUUGGAAUGCACAAUAAAAAAAAUAUUUUUCUCAUUUUGGAACCAAACCCAUAAUACAUAUUAUAAUUUUAAAGCUGUAUAUACAUAUAUAACAACUUAUUGAAAUUACAUGUUGUUGCAUUUUUCCAGCCUGCCUGUCAGAUAUCAAAAGAUGGGAGGCUGGAGUGUGUUUGUGUGGAUGGUUCUUCUGCUGGCUCUGCUUGGAGAUUCACUGGCAUCCUCGCCCGAGUUUGAUCCGUAUAAAGUUCUUGGAGUGUCCAGACAUGCCAGUCAGGCCGAGAUCAAAAAAGCGUACAAAAGUCUCGCAAGGGAAUGGCAUCCAGACAAGAACAAAAGUCCAGGAGCUGAGGAUAUGUUUAUCAAGAUCACAAAAUCUUAUGAGAUCCUGUCCAGUGAGGAAAAAAGGGCGAACUACGACCGUUUCGGUCAAAUGGAUGAAAAUCAAAACUUUGCCCGACCACAACAGGGCUUCAGGCACUUUCAAGACAGUUUCUACUUUGACGAAUCCUUCUUUCACUUUCCUCGGACGAGUCGAGAUUUCACAGAGAGCAAGCACCUCAUUCAUUUCAAACAAUACAUGAAUGAAGUCUUGCCGGAUAGUUUUAAGAGGCCUUACCUGAUCAAGAUCACCUCAGAGUGGUGCUUCACCUGCAUUCAUAUCGAGCCCAUUUGGAAGGAUACCGUGCAAGACCUAGAGCCUUUAGGUGUUGGUAUUGGUGUGGUAGACAUCGGAUUUGAGAGACAGCUGGCCAAUCAUCUUGGAGCCCACCGCACACCUUCCAUUCUGGGUGUUAUUAAUGGCAAAGUCUCUUUCUUCCAGUAUGCUGUGGCCAGAGAAUACUUGAAACAGUUUGUGGAAAGUCUUCUUCCCACAAAACUGGUGGAGAAGUUGACUGAUAACAACUACGUUGAGUUUUUAAACAGUUGGCAUGAAGAAAAUAAGCCAAGGGUUAUGAUGUUUGAUGUAGCAUCUUCUGUACCUCUUUUAUACAAGCUCACCGCGUUUGCCUACAAAGACUACGUGAGCUUUGGUUAUGUAGAUAUGGGUUUGACCGAGACCUCUCAAGUGGUACAGAGGUUCAACAUCAACACGUAUGCUCCCACCAUGCUCCUGUUCAAGGAGAACUCUGAGAAACCUGCAGACGUCAUACAGGCAAGAGGAAUGAAGAAACAGAUCAUCGAUGAGUUUGUGUCCAACAAUCGGUUCCUGCUAGUGCCACGGCUGGUUAAUCAGAAACUUUUUGAUGAACUGUGUCCUGUUAAACAGUUCCACAGACGAAGAAAAUACUGUGUUCUUCUCAUCACUGGGGAAGGAGAGCAGUUUGUAUCGGUGAACGAGGCUUUCUUCAACUUUGCUUCUGCCAACACUAAAGACGUUUUGAGGUUUGCUUACGUUUAUCAAACACAGCAGCAGCCUCUGUGUGAUGCCCUGCUCCAACAGGACGACACAACCCCUCCACAGGUUAUUAUCUUGGAAAGGCGGAGCUCUACAGGAAGGGUCUUGUAUCGGUCAGUGACAGGCGGCUGGAAUGGUAGUGAUGACGAUAAGCUCCGCCUCCACGAGCAGCUGGAUAUUCUGCAGAGAGAUCCCUCUUACCUCACCCACGAUGCAAUGCUGCCCGAACUGAAUAAUGAGUUUGCUUCGAUGUUUCUACUUCGGUGGAUGAACACAGCAUAUGAUUACCUCGCCCAAUUUUAUUUUGAUCUUCUCUACUCAAACUGGCGUGAGAUGAUGCCUGUGUUAUCACUGAUCUUCUCCGCUCUUUUCAUCUUGUUUGGUACUGUUAUCAUUCAGGCCUUUAGUGAUUCUGGUGAAGACAAACCACCGAAACAAAAGACAACUGAAUCACCAAAGACAGCCGAUGGCUCUCCGGGAACAGAGAGCACUUCCAGUCGUCCACCCAAGAAGAACUUUGUGGAAGUGACCGAGUUGACAGAUGUUACUUAUAUGAGCAACCUGGUCAGGUUAAAGCCUGGCCACAUCAACGUGGUGUUGAUACUGACUGAUGCUUCUAAACAAGUGCUGCUCAGGAAGUUCGCCAAAGAGGUUUACUCCUUCUCAGGGUCUCAAUCGCUCCACUACUCCUUCUUGAACCUGGACAAACACACCAAGUGGAUGGAUUCGCUUAUGGAGUCGUCCCCCGACGCCCAGCCGUCAGACUGCUCGGACGAAGAGGAGGAUGCCGCCUCUUAUAAACCUGACUACACUGGUCAUGUCCUGGCCCUCAACGGCCACAAAAAAUACUUCUGCAAAUUCAGACCUGUGUUUACGGGAGAGGAGGCCGAAGGUAGCAGGUCGUCCGACGAGGAUGGGGCGGCCGGGACGAGCAGAGGCUCACGCUCACGGGGAAGUUCUAGGCAGAAGGCCACCACUCUGGAGAUCCAUCACAAACUGGAUCGGCUGGGUCUUUGGAUGGAGAGGCUUAUGGAGGGAACUCUACCCAGGCAUUGCGUUCCAGCUUGGCCCUGUCUGGACAACAUUACACCACAAAAAUAAAGGCAGACCCACCUGGGCUUUUGAGAA